CAACUAAUGAAUUCCAAAUUGGUAUGAAGUUGGAAGCCCGUGACCCUCGCAAUAUUGAUUCAAUGUGUGUUGCUUCGGUCAUUGCAAUUACUGGGGCCAGAUUACGUCUACGACUGGAUGGUGGUGACAAUAAGAAUGAUUUUUGGAGACUUGUGGAUUCAUCAGAUAUACAGCCUGUUGGGACAUGUGAACAAGAAGGAGAUUUACUUCAGCCUCCACUGGGUUAUAGAAUGAAUGCUUCAUCAUGGCCCAUGUUUUUACUACGUGUACUAACUGGAUCUGAACUGGCACCUGCAGUGUUCUUUAAGAAGGAACCACCACGUCCACCCCAGAAUAAUUUUAUAGUUGGGAUGAAGAUUGAAGCUAUUGACAGAAAAAAUCCAUUUAUGAUCUGCCCUGCCACAAUUGCUGUCUGUGGAGAUCAAAUUCAUAUUACUUUUGAUGGAUGGAGUGGAGCGUUUGAUUAUUGGUGCAGCUAUGACUCCCGAGAUAUCUUUCCAGUUGGAUGGUGUCGCCUCACAGGAGAUAUAUUACAGCCACCAGGAAAAAUUCGUGAAAGAAGACCAAGGGGCAGAAGAAUGACCAGACCAGGGAAAUUUGGAACCACUUCUUUGGAAAAUAAAGUACCAGACCCAGAAGCUGCAGAAAAAACUAUGGGCAGUGUACUCACCGACACACUUGAGGAUGAAGACAGAACUUUGAAAGAUUUCCAAGCAGCUCCAGGUUGGAAAAAACCCAAGGGCAGAGGAUUCAAAAAACCUGGGAUAGAUGAAGCCAGACCUGGAAAACAUGACCAAGGAGCCCCAGCUGGGAAAAAAUCUAAAGGCAGAGGAUUCACCAAAACUUGGGAAGGUGAAGCCAGACCAGGGAGAGUUGUCCAAGUAGUCCCAGCUGAGAAAAAACGCAGGGGCAAAACAGUCACCACCACCCCUUGGAGUGAACAACCCAGACUUUUUGCAGAUCAGCAAGCAGCCCCAGCUGAGAAAAAACGCAAGGGCAAAACAGUUACCACACCCUGGAGUGACCAACCCAGACUUUUUGCAGAUCAAGGAGCAGCCCCAGGUGAUUAAAAACGCAAGGGCAAAAUAAUUACCACCCCUUUUACUGGCCAACCCAGACAUUUUGGAGGUCAAGGAACAGCUCCAGCUGAGAAAAAACGCAAGGGCAAAACAAUCACCACACCCUGGGGUGACCAACCCAGACUUUUCGCAGAUCAAGGAGCAGCCCCAGCUGAGAAAAAACGCAAGGGCACAACAGUUACCACCCCUUGGAGUGACCAACCCAGACUUUUUGCAGAUCAAGGAGCAGCCCCAGCUGAGAAAAAACACAAGGGUAAAACAGUUACCACACCCUGGGGUAACCAACCCAGACUUUUUGCAGAUCAAGGAGCAGCCCCAGCUGAGAUAAAUCGCAAGGGCAGAACAGGCACCACAUCUUGGAUCCAACCACCCAAACUGUUUCUAGAUCGAGGACCUGCCUCAGCUGAGAAAACCUAUAAGGGUUCAUCAUUCACCAACCCCUGGUGUGUCCCACCCAGACUUUUUGCAGAUCAAGAAACAGCCCUAGCUGAGGCAAAACCCAAGGGCAGAAGAGUCACCAAAUCUAGGAAAGACCAAGACCAAUUUUUAGCAGAUGAAGAAGCCAUGCCAGCUCUGUUCUCAGCUCUUAGUGUGAGUAGUAAAGAGAAAACACCUCCUUCUUCCUCUGAACAACCAAAGUCUUCUACCUCCGGGAAACCAAAGUCUUCUGCCUUUGGAAAACCAAAGUCUUCCACCUCCAAAGGGGCUCAACCUUCAAGGAAAUCUCCACGAAAAACAAGUGUACCAAAGACCAGCAAGAAAGCAGGAAAAGCUAAGUCACCUGGAGAUACUUCAGCCUCUAAGAAGGGCAUUACUGUUAAAAUUGUUCUACCAAAGAAAAGAGGUGGAAGGAAUGGAAAAAAGGAAAAAAUUAUUCCAGUUGUUUCUUCUACAUCUUCAGCUUCUUUAAGUUCACUGAUUAGAAGUUCUUCAUCUAAUAAGACUCCUGAGGAGCCAUCUAAAAUAGUGAUGUCUACAGUCUGUGUGUAUAUAAAUAAACAUGGAGAUUUUGGUCCGUACCUGGAUCCACAGAAGGUUCAGCAGCUACCUAACCACUUCGGCCCAGGCCCUGUGAAUGUGAUUCUCCGGCGGACUGUGCAGGCCUGUGUGGAUUGUGCCAUUCAGCCCAAGGAUGUCUUUCUAUUUCUUAAGCCAGAUAAUAGAGGAGGAGAAAUGAUAACUGCCUUCUUUGAUGGGAAAGUUCAUACUGUUCAGCUCCCUCCAGUGAAUAGUGCAUCAUUUGCGCUUCGCUUUCUUGAAAAUUUCUGCCGCAGCCUGCAGUGUGAUAAGUUUUUGAGUAGCCAGCCUUUCAGACUUGAGACUCAUGUUCAUACCUCUGCUACAGACAUAGAUCAGAGCGAACCAGAAAAUGAGGAGCUACAGGGAAAGAGAAGCUUCAAACGAUUGCCUUCGCAACCUCAACCUUCUGCUCCUGUCUCAUCUAAGGUUCCCAGAAAGUCUGGGCGAGCCUCUAAAGCUUCAAGUUAUAUAGCUGUACCUGACCCCAGUGUCCUGAAACAAGGCUUCUGUAAGGACCCUUCAACCUGGUCUGUGGAUGAAGUGAUACAGUUUAUGAAACAUACAGAUCCUCACAUAUCAGGCCCCCUCGCCGACCUCUUCAGGCAACAUGAAAUUGAUGGGAAAGCUCUGCUACUACUGAAGAGUGAGCUGAUAAUGAAGUAUAUGGGGCUGAAGCUAGGACCAGCAUUAAAACUAUGUUACUACAUUGAAAAACUUAAAGAAGUGAAAUAGAAUUGAAAAUGUGCACAUUUAGUUUAAAGAUAAUUCUCAGGUAUACAGAAAACAUUUUACUUUAAAAGUAGUUUUCAUCUCAUCAGUUUUUAUUUUAUAGAAGGUUUUUAUAGAAAUAUUUUAUUAAAGUUGUAGUACAGUUACAUUAAUCGUAUACUCCUAAUUCUUUAAAUACCAUUUAAUGUUUGUAUUAGUAUACCUAAAACUGACUGUCCGUUAUUUAUGUCUUUAAUUAUUUUUAUUGUGUUUACAAGUGUACUUCAUGUGGCAAAAAGAAGAAAAGCUUUUAUUUGGAUUAAUCUUUAUAUCUAGGACCAAAUAGCUAAACGUCAAGGGAGAAAAUAUCAGCAACUUAACCUCUAAAAACAUGAGAAUUUUUUUCUCAAAGCAGAAUUUCAAGAUGCACUUCUCGCCUGCUCAGUUAUUUUAGUCUGGUUUUACAGUAUUUUGUUCCUGAUAUACUACUAGAAAGGGAAGAGCCAUAUAAAUAAUUUUCCUUUCUGCCAGUGCCCUUUUUUUGCUCAUACUACAGGGGGAAAAGCAAUUUUAUAAGCUUACAUAAAGUGUUCUUACUAGCCUUUGAUAUUUUUAAACUGUAAGAAUAGAUUAAAAUAAAUAAUUUUGUGCAGGAGAUGUUUACCAGAGUAAAUUGGAUAGAAUUAAACAAAAUUUAUACCUACUUUUACAACUCUCUGUAUUUUUGCUAAACUUGAACGUUAGACACCCAAUUCUAACAUCUUUGUUUUCUAAGAUAUUUAUGUCCAGAUUUUAAAUUUUUGUUUUGUGUUUAUUACUCAUACAGAUACUUUAGCAUAUUUAUAUACUAUUGUAUAUAUGUGAGAAUACACAAGUGACUUUUUGAAUUGAAUAUGGCACUUUACACUGCCACAGUGGUAAUAAAGGUAUAUAGAGAUGUUUAUUCCCUGAAAAAAUAUAUACAUCAUUUUUCUAUCACCAGUACCUCUAAACGUUUAUUAUUCAGGUGAUGAGAAACUGUCCAUAAAUUGGUUCCCACAUAGGGAAGCUCUUUAUCCUAUGCAAUAUUUCUAAUUAAUUGUCUCAGUUCUGAGCCAUCAAUUCUGCUACACUUCGAAAGAUACAUUAAUUCUGAUAUUUAGGGUUUUGUUUUUCCAAAUAAGAGCUUUCAUAAAUGGUGCUGCAUGUUACUACUUUGUAUGAUGGUGUAAUGCAUAUAAGCUAUGAGAAUCCGUUAUACAUGUAUUAGAGUCAGUUUUACAUGUAUUAGCUAUUCUAAAUGUCAACAAAAUGUUCGAGACAAGAAUGUAAUUUUCUCUUUAGAAAACCAAAUGUGCUUUAAACAACAAUACAGAUGUUUAAAAGACUAUUUCACCUAUGUCGUUUCUGAUACAACUAAAAUACUUAAAUGUAAUCUUCAUGCAAAUUGUUGAUAUGAAGAUGAUAUUUCCAUUUGGUUGGACCUCAGGUGUUUAUAAUAUUGUUUUAUACUCUUAAGAUUUUAAGAAUAUAAUAAAAGUUGUUAAAUAACCAUA